CUCACAAUAGGACAGCCAAAACAAGCAGAUUUUAGAUAGAAAUGAAUAUGGGUGUCUUACAAUAUUAUUUCUCAAUGAAGGUUUUGCUUUGGGUUUUAGUGGUUUUUGUUCAAACUCAUGAGUAUAUGGGUUGCUUGGAGGAAGAGAGAAUUGGUCUGCUUCACUUGAAGUCAUUUCUUAUUAUAUCUAUUUCGUCUACCGGAGCUUAUAAUUCAGAUUAUGAUCUUCUUCCUUCAUGGGUUGACCAUGAGAAGAGUGAUUGUUGUGGUUGGGAGCGGGUCACAUGCAACUCCACCACAAGUCAUGUGAUAGAACUGUCUCUCGACAAUUUAACGCAAUAUCCUGAUUAUGAUCUUCAUUUCUAUUUCAAAAUGGUGGAAUAUAAUGAGGAACAUCAAUGGCUGUUAAAUGUGUCUCUAUUAGAGCCUUUCAAGGAGUUAAGAAGUCUUGAUCUAUCCUUUAAUGCAAUCGAUGGUUGCAUACCAGAUGAAGGAUUUGAAAAGCUUUCAACCCUAAGGAAUCUGGAAAUUUUAAACCUUGGUUACAACUUCUUUGAUGACAUUAGCAUUCUACAAUCUCUGGGUUCUAUCACUUCGCUCAAGACUUUAAAUCUUACUUGGAAUAACGUGGAGGGAUACUUUCCAGCACAAGAAUUAGUUACGUUGAGAAAUUUGAACACGCUGGAUAUAAGCUCCAAUUUAUACAUUGGUACCCUCCCAAAUCAAGGUUUUGAAAGGCUAGCGGUACUGAGAAACUUGGAGACAUUGAUCCUCGAUUAUAAUAGCUUUGGCUACAGCAUCAUACCAUCUCUAAGUAACCUUACAUCCCUUAUGACAUUAAGUCUUUCAGGGAAUAGUUUGGGAGUUGAUGAAGGAGUAAUUAAUGUUGAAGGUGGUACUUUUGAAAGGCUCGCCGUAUUGAGAAAUCUGAAGACAUUGAAUCUCGAAUUUAAUGAGUUUGAUGACAGCAUCAUACCAUCUCUAAGUGGGCUUACAUCUCUUGCGACAUUGAAUCUUGCGCGGAAUAGAAUACAAGGAGUAAAUUAUGGUGAAGGUUGGAAAAUGUUGUCAAGAUUGGAGAACUUGGAGAUAUUAGAUCUUAGUCACAAUUCCCUCAAUGACACUAGUUGUCUUCAAUCAAUUGCUGCAAUCAAAUCCCUUAAGAAUCUGAAUCUUGCUCACAAUAUUGAGUUGGGCCGAUCCUUUCCAACCAAAGGUUGGAAAAUGUUGUCAAGAUUGGAGAACCUGGAGAUAUUAGAUCUUAGUGACAAUGACCUCAACGCGAGUACUGGUUUUCUUCAAUCAAUUGCUGCAAUCAAAUCCCUUAAAACUCUCAAUCUUGAAUACAAUGAGUUGACGGGAUCCUUUCCAACCAAAGAGCUAGCAAAUUUAAGCAACUUGGAGGUUCUUAUCUUGAGACAUAAUCAUUUUGGUGGACGACUAGCAAUCCAAGAAUUUUGUGCAUUGAAGAAGCUUGAAGUGUUGGAUCUAUCUUACAAUUACUUUGAGGGGAUCCUACCUCCAUGCAUAAACAAUAUGAAAUCUCUUGUGGUGUUAGAUAUUUCUGCUAACCAAUUCAAUGGAAAUGCUUCAUCAUCAUAUGUAGAAGCCAGCAGAACAAGUCUCGAGUACAUUGAUUUUAGUUAUAACCAGUUUGUUGGGGUAUUCUCAUUCACCUUGUUCGCCAACUACUCUAAGCUUGAGGUUCUUCGAUUCAACAACCAAAGCAAUAAAGUUGAAAUAGAAACUGAAGGUUCCAUGGGUUGGUCCCCUUUGUUUCAGCUAAAGAUCAUUGAAUUGUCUAACUGUAAUCUGAACAGGCUCACUGGUAGUAUUCCAAAAUUUCUUCUUGCCCAACACGAACUGGAUACAGUUUCUCUUUCUCACAACAAGUUGAAAGGAAGCUUUCCGAAUUGGAUGGUUGAAAACAAUACAAGAUUACGCUUGCUAAAUCUUCGAAAUAACUCUUUUGUUGGCCAGUUAUAUCUACCAACAUUGAUCCACACGCAUAUGACCUGGAUGGAUGUCUCAGCCAAUCACUUGGACGGAAAACUUCCAGAAAACAUUGGCAAGAUUUUUCCAAACUUAUUAUAUCUAAAUCUUUCCAAUAAUAAUCUUGAAGGUAAUCUUCCUUCUUCAAUUAGUGGCAUGCUUUAUUUGGAGGUAUUAGAUUUUUCUUCCAAUAAUUUCUCAGGCGGGGUCCCAAGAGGAUUAAAUACAGGUUGCUUGUCAUUAAGGAUUUUGAACCUUGCUCAUAACGGCUUCAAUGGUGCAAUUUUUGUUGGGACAAACCAGGAAAUUCUGCAGAUGAAUGAUAAUCAAUUCACAAGUAUCACACUGGUAACUAAUUCAACUGUUUCCCUGUCAUAUUUAGAUAUUAGCAACAAUAGAAUUUCAGAUACUAUCCCCCGAUGGAUUGGGAACUCGUCAGCCUUGAAAACUCUUGUUAUGGCUAACAAUGGCUUUUAUGGUCGGAUCCCAUGUGAACUAAAUAUGACAGGUACUUUAGACCUUUCUCAUAAUUUAUUUACGGGAUCGUUACCUUCUUGCUUGAAUCUACCAAAGCUUGAACACCUAUAUUUGCAAGGGAACAAAUUCACAGGAUCAAUACCAAAAGUUCUUUUCAAUUUCUCAUCUCUUUUGACAUUGGAUAUUGGAGAUAACAACUUUACAGGCAGCAUCUCUGUUGAAAUCAAACAACUUCAACGCUUAAAAGUACUUUUGUUGAGUGGCAAUCAUUUCACUGGUAUAAUUCCGAAUCAGCUGUGUUUGUUAAGAAUGAUAAGCAUAAUGGAUCUUUCCAAGAAUGCUUUUUCUGGGACCAUACCACAAUGCCUCCAUGACAUAUAUUUUGGGAAGACAACGACACCUAGUGUUGACUAUUUUAGUGGAAAAGUUGAUUCAUCUAGUCUGUUUAUUAAAUUAUCUUACACGUAUAAAGGCUUCUCAAAUACGUAUGGUAACUUUUACCAAUAUCUUAAAGAUGUUGAUGUAGAAGUAGAGAUCGAGUUUGUAACCAAAUAUAGGCAUAAUUCUUAUAAGGGUUCUAUCCUUGGUUACAUGUCUGGAUUGGAUUUGUCAUGCAACAAACUGGCAGGCGGCAUCCCACCGGAAUUAGGACAAAUAUCUUCAUUGCAUGCACUGAACUUAUCUUAUAAUCAGUUGACUGGUACAAUUCCUGAAUCAUUUUCAAAGUUGACUCCCUUGGAAAGUUUAGAUCUCUCUCAUAAUAGUUUGAGUGGAGAAAUUCCUUCAGCACUGAUUGAUCUAACCUUUCUUGAGGUAUUCAACGUGGCUCACAACAACUUAUCAGGUAAAGUUCCAGAUAUGAAAGCACAAUUUGGAACAUUUGAGAAAAGCAGCUAUGAAGGAAACCUAUUUCUCUGUGGACCACCACUAGAUAAAAGUUGCACCAAAGUAAACCAAUCAGAUCCAAGAUCAACCCAAUCUUCAAAUGCAAGCGAUAGAAAAUGGUAUGAAGUAGAUCCUUUGGUCUUCCAUACAAGUUUCUCGGUAUCUUACAUCAUCUUCUUCUUUAGCAUAAUUAGUCUUCUUUAUAUUAAUCAUUAUUGGCUACAAAGAUGCUACAACUUCAUGGAAGAUCAUAUAUACUCUUGUUAUUAUUUUGUUUUUGAUACCUCAAAAAGGUUGUCAAAUUGUAUAUGCAAUUAAGAUACAUUGAUUUUCUUUUGAAAUCGUUAAUGAUAGUAAUAAUGGUAAGUUAUCUAUGAAUUGGAUUUUGGUAUAGUUAGUCAUUGAGCUCAAAUAUGAGAGAGGUGUACUUCGCUUAAACUUUUAUUCUAUUUUAUUAUGGAUAUUGUUUUUUGUGAUUGGGAAUGGUUUCUUUUUACUACUGUAUUCGAUUGGAUUAAAUAAAUUAAGUAUAGAUUAAAAAACAAAGAAGUUGUGUCUGAGUAGACUAGUCAUGAUAUCCAACAACAACAUAGUUUUCGGAUGAAAGUAACAUAAAAUGGUAAAAAAUAAGUCGAGGACUU